AUGAUUUUCCCUUGUAAUGGGAUUAUAUUAUUGGUUUUGUGUAUCGUGAAUACUUCUGGUAAUUUAUCAUGUAAAAAUGGUUAUUAUGUAUUUAAUUCUUAUUGUGAGGAGUGUUUAUCUGGUUUCUUCUGUCCAAAUGGAAAAAACAUUUAUCCGUGUCCACCAGGAACUUAUUCAGAAUUUGAAGGAUCCAUAAAAUGUGAAGAUUGUAAAGAAGGGUUUUAUUCAAUAACAAAUUCUUCUGUUUGUACUUCGUGUGUUUCAGAGACGUGUGCAUCAUGUGAUAGAAAAACUGGUAUUUGUAUGGCCUGUCGUCCAGGAAGUGGGUUUGUGACAAACAUCAAAUGUGAAAAGUGUAUACCUGGUUAUUUUUCAAAUGGAGGAACUGUUUCGUGCUCCCAAUGUGCCCCAAAUUAUUAUUCAUUAGUUGGAUUUCCAAGUUGUACCCCAUGUGAUUCUUUGUGUGCGAAUUGUAGCCAAACCAACGGAAGUUGUCUUUCUUGUUAUAAAGGGUCUCGAUUAUCCGAAGGUAAAUGUGUAGUAUGUCAAGCAGGAACAUUUCAAAGUGGAGACAGUUGUUAUCCAUGUGGUGGUGAUAAUAGUUUUUCUCUCUCGAAUAGUUCGAAGUGCACUUAUUGUUAUAAUUGUACAACAUGUGAAAAAAAAACCGGCCGGUGCACAUCAUGUGAAGAAGGAUAUACCAUAAAUAAUGGUUUGUGUUUGAUUUGUGCAAGUGGCACAUUUUACAAUGAAACAGAAAAAACAUGUCAAAAGUGUCCCAAAGGGACGUAUUCACUAACACCAGGAAGUGCAAAUUGUUUAGAAUGUCCAAUUGGCUCUUACUCUGAUAAUGAAGGAGCAUUAUCAUGUAUUGAAUGUGACGAUUCGUGCAGUGAAAAACAGUGUACUCAAGAGAGUGGAUAUUGCGUUUCAUGUCCAAUGGGUAGUAUCAAAAAUACAAAAAUAUGUUCAGUUUGCAGUGGAGGGACUUUUGCAAAUAUGAAAACAAACACGUGUGAUAAUUGUCCAGCUGGAACUUUUUCAAAACCAAGUUCAAUGGAGUGUACAUCGUGUGAAGAAAACUCUUAUUCACAAGAAAAAUCAGAAACAUGUACUGUAUGUAGUAAUACAUGUAAAAGGUGUGAUAAAACAAGUGGAAAGUGUAUUACUUGUGUAGAUGGGUAUGGCUUGGAUAGUUCUAAAAAAUGUAUGAUAUGUACAAUUGGUACUUUUUCUUUGGAUUCUGAAUGUACCGAAUGUGGUGAUGGUUUUUAUCAAAACAAAGAUGGACAAAAUGCUUGUAAACAGUGUAACUCUUCGUGUACUUCUUGUAGUAAAAACGAAGGAAAAUGUUUUAAUUGUAAACCUGGAUAUGGUUACAACUAUGGUCAAUGUACACUUUGUGGUGAAAAUCAAUAUUCACUUGGUUAUACUUCUCCAUGUUUUCCAUGUCCAAUUGAUUGUAAUAAUUGUAGUCGAGAAAGUGGAGUUUGUACAACAUGUCAACCUGGAUACAAGGAGACAACAAACGAAUUAUUCAAAAAAUGUGUUUCUUGUUCUUCAAAUAGCAAUUGUUUUUCUUGUGAUUCAAACGAAAAUGAAUCACAAAGAGAAUGUGCCGAAUGUUCAAGUGGAUAUUACUUAGACGAUAACACGUGUUUGACAUGCGCAAAUAUACCUUCAUGUGUUGAGUGUUCAACAACUAAAAAAGAGUGUUAUUCAUGUGAUAAUGAUUUAAUAACAAAUGGAACUCAAUGUAUUUCUUGUGUUACAGGAAAAGUAAAAACAAACAAAAAAACGUGUUUAGAAUGUUAUCUAGUUAUUGACUAUUGUCAACUUUGUGAAUAUAACAACGGAAGUCCAGAAUGUACAACGUGUUAUUCUCCUUAUGUCGUUGAAAAUAGAAAAUGUGUUUUGUCAUAUACAAAUGAGACUCAUUAUAAUUACGAAACAAAUAAUAAAACAUUGAAUGAGAAUGCGUGCCUCCUUCAAGUAAAUUCUUCGUGUUUUUCUUGUGAUAUAAAUGAUUAUUUACAUGAAGAGAUGUGUGAAAAUAAAGAUACAAAUUGCCACAAAUACUCCAAAACAACUUGUGAAAUAUGUGAAUCUAAUGUUAUAACAACAAAUGGAAAUUGUUCAUUAAACGAAGAAUGCAAAUAUCAAUUAACUCAAAAUGAGAACAAAACUUGUUUGAUAUGCAACAAUAACACGGAUUGUGGACUUCAUGUUACAAAUUGUAAAUAUACACAAAAUGAGUUUUGUUAUUUAGCAACUCAAAAUUAUUACACAACUUAUGAAAAAUUUGGUCAAACCAAAUCAUGUGAAAAUGCAGAAAUUUGUCGAAUGGAAAAUGGCAAAUUGGUUGACUUUACUUGCAAUGAUAAUUUUGUGUUAACUCCAAAUAAAAAAUGUGUUACAGAUACAAAGUGUCAAAUAAUAAGAGGAAGUGACUGUGUUAUGUGCGAUAAAGACAAUCACAUGAAUAAUAGUGUUUGCAUUGCAAACAAUGAAGAUUGUUUAAUUCAAAACAAAGACACGUGUAUUUUAUGUAACAAUAAAAUGACAGUUAAAGGAAAUUGUGUUUCAAUAGAUUCUAUUCAAUGCAAAGAUUUUAGUGAUAAUAUUUGUAAAUCGUGUGAAGAAACUUAUUAUAAAGACGUUGAAGGGUGUGUAACUAAAGUGGGCAAAUAUGACAAUUGCCGAUUUGUCAACGUCGUUUUGAAUUCUUGUUAUGAGUGCACCAAACCGUUUCUACUUAUCAAUAAUACAUGUGUAACACAAAGUGAAGAAAAUGACACAACAAAUGUUAAUUCAUCACUAAAAACAGCGAGUGAAUACAACGACAAUUGUAUUGAAAGAAGUUCUAAAGGGUGUUUCAAAUGUUCCGAUGGUUUUUAUUUGCACAAUUCAAAUUGCGUUUCCUGUAAAUCUCCAUGCUCUUAUUGUUCCAACGAAACGUAUUGUACAAAAUGUGGUAAAUAUUCAUAUGCAACAAAUGGUAAAUGUGUGGAAAUAAAUGAAUUAUUGAGUACUUGUGAUGUGAUGAUGUCAACAUAUGACGGGUGUGUUGUUUGCAAAGAUGGGUAUAUGCGAUCCUCAGAUGGCAAGAAAUGUGACAAGUGUGACAUCUCUUGUAAAACAUGUUCGAAUGAUGGGAACUGUUUUAUUUGCAAUGACACGUAUUAUAGAACUCCAAAUAAUAUAACAAAAUAUUGCAAUUCACAAGAUGAACUUACAAAUUGUGUGAAUAAAACGACAAAUGGGUGUACGCAAUGUGAAGAUGGAUAUGCAUUAAAAGAAAAUUUGUGUAAAAAAUGCGGCGAAAAUUGUACUUUUUGUGAUAAAUAUUUUGAGUGUUCCAAAUGUGAAAAUGACAACAUUUUAAUUAACAAUAAAUGUAUGCACUAUUCGCAAAUACAAAACUGCAUUUCUUCUCAAAAUUCCGUUUGUUCAAAAUGUUCAGAUGGUUAUAAACUCAGUGGUGACAAACUUGAAUGCAGUAAAAAGACCAAUUAUGGAUUAGUCAUAGUAUUACCAAUUAUGUGUAUUGUUGUAAUAUUAUUUAUAAUUAUCUUAUUAAUAACAAUCAUUUUAAUAAUAUUCAAUAAGAAGAAAGAAAAUAUAUUAACAGAGAAUAUCUGUAUCUUUAAGAUGAAGCGCUCUAAUAUUAUAAUGACUAAAUUAAGUGAUGACAUUUUAUCAAACAAACAAGAAAUUAUGUUUGGUGAUGACAGUGAUAGAAUACACAUUGAAUGUGAAAGUCGUGAAUUGUUUUGUGUUGGUAACAACAAAAAAGUAAAUAUGAAACUUCAAAUCACCACAAAAGAGGGGUGUGACAAAUAUUCGAUACGGACAGAGCCACAAUUAGUCACACUUAAGAGUGGAGAAGCGUGCGAAUUCGAAGUCUUUUUAACACCAUUUUGCACUAUGAAUUUGUGUGAUGAAAUAAUGAUAAUCUCACUGGACUUAAUUAACGGGAAGAAGGAAACAACUUCUGUUAAAAUAAAGGCACAAACAGAAAAUUCAACACGACUGGAUUACGACGAGUUGAUAGAAGACAAGAAACUUGGCGAAGGCUCCUUUGGAAUAGUUUACAAAGGAAAGUAUCAAGGAAACAUAGUUGCAAUAAAAAAGAUGAAAGAAACAAAUCACGACGAUAAGAAUCAAAAAAUUGAAUUUAAAAAGGAAGUUGAGAUGUUAGACAAAUUCAGAAGUGAGUAUAUCGUCCAUUUCUAUGGCGCCGUGUUCAUACCAAAGAAGGAAUGUAUGGUCACUGAAUUUGCUCAAUUUGGGUCUUUAAAAGAUUUAAUGAGAAGAAUGAAAGAUGUUGAUAUUAGAAUGAAAUUGCGAGUUAAAAUGAUGUUAGACUGCUCUAAAGGAAUACUUUAUUUACAUUCAAAUGAUAUAUUACACAGAGAUAUUAAGCCGGAUAAUUAUCUAAUAUUCUCUUUGGAUAUUAAUGACUGUGUAAAUGCUAAAUUGACUGAUUUUGGAAGUAGUAGAAAUGUAAAUAUGUUGAUGACGAACAUGACAUUCACUAAAGGCAUUGGAACACCAAAAUAUAUGGCGCCUGAAGUUCUUGACAAAAAGAAAUACAAGAAGGCCGCUGAUGUUUACUCUUUUUCUUUAACUAUGCUUGAAAUAGCUAUGUGGAAAGAAGUGUUCCGAAAAGAUGACAAAGACUUCAAAUAUGCUUGGAACAUUGCAGAUUUUACAAGUAGUGGAAAGCGUUUGCAUAUUCCGGAUAACGUUCCAAUGGAAUUGACUAGUUUGAUAACAUCAAGUUGGACACAAGACCCACUUGAAAGAGCAAAUAUCAAUAUUGUGGAAAUUGGACUUGAAAAGUUUUAUAACACAAUUUAA